AUGGUGAAUUUACCACCUCAUAAUGAUGAUUCCUCCAUGCGUAAUCCAGCCAAUUGGCCCAAGUCGUUACAAGAGUUUAUAAGUCAUUCAUUUGAGCAGGCAGCAAAGCAAAAUAUACAAGGAAUGGAAAAAAAAAAGUUUCAAGGAGAGCUUAGAAACAUAAUCAACAAAUCUAUUAAGGAGAAAAAGGUGUUGAUAAAUGAUUGGACCAAACAAACUCUUCCUACACUAUGUCAUCCUUAUGGGCAAGGGCUGCAAUUGUACUGCGAUAUUGUUGAAAAGAAAAGGGCAAAGAACUUGAAGGGAAAGAAAAAGAGUGCGACGAACAACAUGGAGACCACCAAACUUGGCCAGAACAGCAAGGCGGUGUCGAUACCAAAGAAAAGAAAUAUAUUCGAGCAGGAUGAAAACGAUCCAGAAGCGAUAAGUGGUGUAGAAGAGGAUGGCGACAAAGAGAAUCCAAGCAAAAAGAGGCACAAGGCGGAUAUUAAGGUGUCGAAGAAUGUUUUGGAAAAGAUACAAGAAGCAGAAGUGGACAAGAAUAGGGAAAAGAUGAAGAAAGAAGACGAGUUGAGAAGAAUUGUAGCAAGAAAAGUUGAAGAAGAGAGAGUUCUAACGGCUGAGAAACAGAAGCAGAAAAGGCUUGCAAAGUUAGAGAGGAAGAGGAUGAGACGGGCAAUGAGAAAAGCUGCAUUAAAAGCCACCCAGGAAGCGGAUCAGAAGGCAAAACAGAAAGCAAUACAAGAAGCAAAACAGAAAGCAGUACAAGAAGCAAAGCGGAAAGCAGUACAAGAAGCAAAGCAGAAAGCAAUACAAGAAGCAAAGCAGAAAGCAAUACAAGAAGCAAAGCAGAAAGAAAUGCAAGAAGCAACUCAAAAUGUAAACCAAAAGCAGAUGGCAAACCAACCGACAAACAUAAUCAUGGGCAGUGCAGGUACCAGCAAGGAGAAGUUGGAUGUUAUGAACUCGGAACAGAGGAAGAAGCUCCGGGAAAAGAGAUUUGAACGAGAGCUUCAAUAUGAACCAACCACUGAUACACAAACCAGCGAUAAAGCAGAUCCAGAAGGAAGAUUUGUUGGCACAUGCGAGAAACUCGAGAAGAAGUAUCUUCGGCUUACAUCUCAGCCGAAUCCUGAGCUUGUGAGACCUGUGAGAGUGUUGAAGCAGACACUUACUCUUUUAGUGCGAAAAUACAUGGAGCAUGCCCACUAUGGCUAUCUAUGCGAUCAGUUCAAGUCUCUUCGGCAAGACCUCACAGUUCAGAAGAUAUGGAGUUUGUUCGCAGCGCGAGUUUACGAAGUUCACAGUAAACUUGCGAUAGAGUUUGGUGAUAUGGGUGAGUUCAACCAAUGCCAGACACAGCUCAAGCUUCUAUAUGCGGAUUCCAGGUUCCAGUGCAUCAACAAGUAUGAGUUCUACUCGUACAGAAUCUUGUACUGUCUUCUUACCGAGGAUCUUGAGGAGGCCUUCAACAUCAAACUACAAGUUUUGUGCGAGCUUCCAAAAGAUGCAGAAAUUCCAGAAUUCCUAACACGUGCUUUUGCAGCCUUGAAUUUCUCUCUAACGAGCGAUUUCUACAGAUUCAGCAAGCUUGCAAUGAAAGUGCGGGAUGAGACUGAUGCAGAUGAGAUAAAGGUAAAAGCAGACUCUCAAACAGAUUCCCAAAUACAACAAAUCUGGUCUGAUCACCAUCUACUACUAGGACAUGGAAAGUGGUAUUUCUUCAAUAAAAUGCUAGAAAACAUCAUGCAUCGAGAAAGAAUCCGGACUUUGGACACGAUCUGCAACGCUUAUAGACAAAUCGACAACUCGGUCUUGGGGCAGUUGCUACUUUUGGACAGGGCGCAUGAUCUUGCGGACUUUUACACAAAGCACAGUCUGGCUGGAUUUGUAGAAAACAACAGUUCUGGUGGAAUUCUAGUGUGUCAUAAGGCAAAAUCAACCGUUGAUGCUCUGUUCAGGUCUACAUUCCAAACAAUCGACAUCAAGGGCCAGAUAUAG